AUGAGGGAUUCCGGCUAUUCCUGCGGCAUCGACGAAGAGGUUCGUUCUUCGUUUUCCGUGGUCUGCGUCAUUCGUUUUCUUCUUAGUUCCCAUUAUACUGUACUUUUUUGGAUUAGUAUCAGAAAAUCGUUGUUUGAACGUCAUUCAGAAGAAGGGUAGAAAAAAGUGUUAUUGAGAUUUUUGGAAUUGUCAUUCAAAUCUAGAAAUAAUGAAACUUUCUUUUUUGUAUUCCAUCUUCAUCAAGUGAACAUUCUUGAUUUUUAGUGUAUCUCUAAACUUUUGAACAGCCUGACACAUUUGAAAUCCAAAAUGUUUACUUUAACAGAAGGUUUUUUUUACGUUUAGAUCAACUUUCUCUAUUUAUAAGGUUGUGUUUUAUUCGUACAAGAGCCUUAAACUCACUAUUUUCUGUUGCGAAAGAUGAGGUUUUGUGAUCUCUACAAUCACCUCAGAAUAUAUUAACAUUGAGCAUUACUUUUUUUUUGGGCGUGAGAUACCAAACUUUGGGAGAGAAGCAGCUUUGAAAGUAACUGAAAUUCAACUUUUCCACAAUUCGAACUUUCUUUUGAAGAUACUGUAGACGCGCCUAAUAAGGAGUUGACCAAAGGCCGUCGAACUGUGACAUGUUGCGAGAAUACGCCAAAAAGAGAACCGUUUUGGUCUCUCUCCCUCUGUUUCUUCUUUCUUCUUUAUCACUGGGUUUUAUCGAUUAUUUUUGCGCGUUCCGAGAAGCCGUCAUCUUUGACAGCGUGAAAAUAUAGAUCGAACAAAACUCGUCGGCAUUCGAUACUGUUGGUUUGAAAGCUGAAAACAGAAAACGGAAAGAAAAGAUAGAAUAUGAAAUAAUAUAUUUUCUACAGGAAUUUUUUAUAUAGAAAGAUUCUUUCUGCCAUCAAAAAUCAUCUCGAGAAGAAAAUUUCGUGAACUAAUUUUCUGAAAAAAAAACUCAUCCAUCUGAAAAUCGCUCUCAUUCAUUUUUUAUCGAUUCGGCCUUUUAUGUUUGCGAACUUUUCCUUGUAUUUUAAACGAAAUACAAGGUAUAAUAGUUGCUGGCAAGACAUCAAAAUCAGAAGUAGGCUUUGAAACUUUGAAACUUUCAUUCAGUCUUCAGAGAAGUUUUCUGCUGAAUCAUCGAAUGUAGGAUGAUGGCGAAAAUUUUUAAUAAAGCUUUUUUUUCAAUUGCACCUAAUGACAACGAAAAAAUGCUUAAAUAAUCAAGAAAUGGUAAUUUCAGGUCCUUGCGGAUAUUCGGGAGUUCAUAUGGGAAGACAUCCGAGGCCAAAGUGCUCGUCGGGAGUACGGCAUCGGGCACGGACUGCAGAGGACUCUCCGAGCUCCCAUUUCGCCGCUGAUCACGCCGAAUCUCAAUUCUCUGGGAUCGACGAGAUCGCGGUUCGCCAAUGCGAAUGUGCCGCUCCGCGAGCCGCCGACCCUGCAGCUGCCACCGCCUGCCGCAGUGAUUCCGCAGCCGGCGUUCUCGCCGCCGCGUCACCACUCACCGUAUCCGACGCCGCCAACAUACCACACUCAUCAAAAUAUUCCUCCUCCAGCCAUGGGAUUGAGUCCGCUGACGUAUCCUUAUGACCCUUGUGGGAUGACGCCGACGACGAGCUACGCGACGGAGAUGUCUUAUCCUGCCACGUCGACGACUCCUGGAGAAACCUAUGUCUAUUCUACUCCUUUCCUCAAAAACGAAUCCACGCCGCCUUCGAGUCCUGAGGUGCCGCCGUUCUACAUGGAAAUCGGCUCUUUAGCUGACCGGCUCCCUACUAUCAAAAAAGAACCCUCCAAUCGCACUUCUAGCACGUAAGCUCUUUUUUCAGUUCAGUCUCUUUAAAAGUUUUUUUCUGGAAUUGAGGUCUCAAGCCUUAGGGUCCGUUAUCAGAAACUUACCAGCUUUUUAACUUUUUUAUAAUAAUAAAUGAGCAAAUUGUUUUUCACUCUCAAAGUUAAUAACUUCUUUGUUUCUUCAAACACCGCCGCAACCUUUUUUCUUAACAGAGUUGGAUAAGCAAUUUUCGAGACUUUUUUGGUACGAUUAUGUAAGCCUAUUAAAAUUCAGUUUUCCAACUGGCAAUACUCGAACUUUCCACGUAAUCUGAUUAGACUUUUUUUUAUCACUUGAUAACUCGACGCGUCCAAAGCAAGAGACCGAAACAAAUUUGUUAAAAGCAUUACAAUACGGACAAGCCCGAACUUUGACAUUGAUUUGGCGCCUUAAUGGAAAACCUCUUCUUCGACUUUCUUCUCUCCUUGUUCAGCAACAGACGCAGACGAAUUCGAAAUUCAAAAAAUUCCGUGUAAAGUCUCAAGGCUUCCGCCUAGAGUAAGGACACUAGCCUUUAGCUACAAAAUUUUUUAUUUAGUGAGCUCGUAAAGUCGCAUAAGAUUGUACCUUCAUUUUGAUCAACUACACACUACAUCCUCUAGUUCGCAAAAGGCGGUUGUUCUUUAUUGAACUUUUUGUUCACCGUCUAGUAAAUUAAUCUGAGUGGAAAAAAGAAAAAAAGAAAAAAAGAAAAACAAAAAAAUUGAUUACCAUGACAUUUUUUUAUUUAUAUUUAUCUAGUCGGUUUUUUUGAACAGCACGAAAAAAAAAAAAAAUAGAGACAAAAAAAUUGUAACUCUUUUUCAAAAAAGCUCCUCAGCCUGUUCGGAUUUAUUUAACUAUUCUGCAUAUUGAAUGAAUAUUUCUUGUCGUAGAACAAAUAGGAAGAAAGCAGAAAUCCGGAAAAACGCUCAAGCGCUUAGAAAAUUUCCGACGAAUUAGUCAUGUUUUUUUUACUAGACGAAAAAUCGUUUGUGGAAAUUCGAAAAUCGGCUCGCACACAAAACUCACCUGUAAGACAGGUAAAACAAAUAAUAGCGGCACGUGGGCGUAGCGAGAAUUUUUUUUUUCAAUGAUUUCUUUUUGUUUCUGUUCCCGCUCUAUAUUGUGUAUAAAUAAAUACCGACGAGGACUUACAUAAUUAGCUCAAUUGAAAUUUUUUUUUGCAUUUUUAUCAUGUUUCGUCUAACGAGGAAAGUUUGUGAGGUGAACAUCGCAGAUCUGGUUCAAACUUCUGUGGUAGGUGGUCUUAGAUAUGAGUAUUCGAAAACAAAAAGAAUUAUCUGCUAGGCGCCUUAGGGUACUGAAAAAUAGCUUGUCGAAAACUUACAGGAAAAAAAACGAAUUCUUUUGAUGUUACUCAUGAUAAAUCUAAGAAUAGUAGACGUUUUGGAAAUCGAAAAACCGAAGAAAAUCAGUCUUUUUUUGUACGUUUUCGACAGGCUAUUUCUCAGCACCCUUUGGCGCUUAGCACAAAAAUUUUUCUGUUUUUGAGCAACCUCACCUAGGAAUACCUACCACAGAAGUUUGGACCAGAUCUGCGUUGUUCAUCUCACACACUUUCCUUGUAAGGGUCACAUUCAUUCUAUAGUCAAUGAAUGCCGACUUGAAAGGCGAGGGAGGCGAUGAAGUGGACGGGACGCGUAGCGUGUGCGCUCGCGUUUCUUGGCAAGAGGUUAAUUCAAACGCCACCGAUUAUUUAACACGCUCCUUCAUCGUUUUUUUUUAUGUAUUCUACUAUUUUGCAAUGAACAAAUAGAAAAAAAUCAAUGAAGGAACAAAAAAGAAAUGAAAAGAAUCGAUAAAUGAGCUCUCCAAAUAGUCGCUGGCGGUUGAAUGGAACUCGUGCCAAGAACCGCGUGCGCACACGCUACGCGUCCCGCUUCGGUCUCCUCCUUCCUCGUCGGGAAAACUUGACUAGACCUCCAAAAGCAAAUCGAAAGAGUGAUUUGGUUCACAGCCGAUCCAGUGAUUGGCAUCAACUUAAAAAGCUCCGAAGGCCUUGUCAGGCUGCGAAAGUUUCCAAUUUGUUAAGACCACCCGCAGCGACGCCGCAGAAAAAGAACGCCGCUGCGUUUGCGACAUUUCUACCGAUGGAAUUGCCCUCGGGACAAGUGAUUGCACCAUUUGCAUGUCAAUCGGAGGACAGUUUCGUGUGCGCGAUUUCUUUGCGCCAACUCUUUAGAAUCUGACCAGGUCCUUAUGUUGCAGGGAAUACCCGAAUAUAACAAUAACAAAAAAAGCCUGAGGCUCUGGAAUUUUAAAUCUUCUGUCCAAGGGCUUGCGUAGUCACUUGUCAUUUAUUUGAUUUUGAAGGUAUUUCGACCAUUCUCUCGAACGAUCUCUUAUUUUUGAUCACUCUACGAGUUGUUUACUAUGAUUACGCUACCGUAGCCCGAGUAUUCUCCGCAGAAUUUGACGCCAUCGCACAUGCCGUCCUUCACUUUUCUCGUUUUCGUUUUGCGAAACAAUAAGAGCUACAGAACUUCAAUAACAUGUCGAAAAACUAAAAUAAAUUUAUUUCAUCUUAUAGGCGAACCGAUGUAGGAUCAGUUUUAGAAUUGUGCAAAAUUAACGAAGGUUGGAUUCAAAUUCAAGGUUAAUAGGUUUGAAUUUCAUGCCGUGUUCAAAGUAAUUUCCGCGAAAUGCAAAAUGGUCUCUGACCCUCCAAAAUUUAGUUAUCUUUCUCUUUCUCUGACGGCUAUUUUGAAUUUCGCGGAAUCACAUUGAACACGGCAUCAAUCGAGGUAUCCACACAGUCUAUAAACUGUAUACGUGGUGGGAUAGCUAUCGGAAUGCAAUCCGGUAGCCUACUUGUAAAGGUUUCGAUUCGUAUUCUACUUGGAACAGCAGAUUUUCUGAGAACUGGCUAGACACUCUUCUUCGACCUGCACAACUUCCCAUUUUUCAAGAACUUCCAUUCUCGAAAACAGGAAAUUUGCAAGUGUUAACCAUCAGAAUCUUAAUUUGAUACAUCAAGACGUUUUUUGGCCGACAAAAAUUUUAUCAUCUUGAUUAAAAUGACCUCCCUUUCCAAAUAAAUUAAUAAAAGUUGAACGCUAAAUACCUGUGCGAAAUACCUCUUUUGAACAAAUUUUUUUUCACAGAAAAUAAACUAACUUCUCAAUGAAAGCAAUCAUUUUUGUAAACUUGUUUGCUUGAUUCAAAAUGAAUAACUAUUUUUAUACGUCCUUUUUUGAUUUUUCACCAGCCAUCAGAGAGUACACAUGUCUUCGACGAAAAUUUCGCUUAUGUGAUAAUCACGUUUUUUGCGCCAAAAAUUCUUCAACCAAUUCUGGCUGGCAGCGGAAACUCCAUUGGCGCUUUCACUACAUCGAAUCAGUAGAUAAUCAAAAAUCAAAAUCAACAACAUUUUUACGAAUUCCUUUUUUCGGUGUGAGCUCAAAUGUACUAAUAAGAGUUUAGAACUUAAAUGUUACUAACUUUGGAGAUAGACUUAUUUCAAAAAAGAUUUUAAGGGGCGAAUGCGAUUCAUCGUCGGGUUGCUCGGCAUCAGAAGACAACGACCGUCCACCGUCGCUGAGAAACCACUGUAACAAGAAGCGAAUUCAUAAGAAAAAUGUCGAGCAUGUUUGCCCUCAUCCCGGUUGUUUCAAAGUGUAAGAAGAUUUUUUUUGUAUGUCGGUUUACAUCCGUGUCUUAGAUACUCCAAAAGCUCACACCUGAAAGCUCACGAGAGGACCCACAGUGGUGAGAAACCUUACAUCUGCACUUGGACAAACUGCAUCUGGAAAUUCGCUCGGAGUGACGAACUGACCCGGUAAAUAAAUUCAUUGAGGACGUUUCAACAACAAAAAAUUUGAAAUCGAUUUAGUCACAUGCGGAAGCAUACUGGAGACAAACCUUUCCGAUGCAGUUACUGUGGCCGGAAGUUUGCGCGCUCCGACCAUCUCAAUCUGCACAUGAAGCGACACAGCCAGCCUUGA